CGCGCGCCAAGUGUCUUGUCGGUGGUGUUGUUGCUGAUUUGUACCAAAUUCUUUGCAUUUGUCAAUUUUUAAAAAAUGAGCAAUACUACGAUGGAUUUAUCUAAUGCAUAUCGAGCCAUCAGUCCUAUGUUUCGUAAAAAUAUGAGAUUACAAACAUACAAAAACUGGCCCUUUAGUUCGAGCGAUGUGUGUAAUGCUAACAAUAUGGCUGCAGCAGGAUUUUACUGCAUUGGUGGCAAAGAUGAACCUGAUCUUGUUGAGUGUUUUCUGUGCUGCAAGCAACUUGAUGGCUGGGAAUCUACCGAUGAUCCUUGGGAAGAACACAAAAAGCAUCAACCAAAUUGUCAAUUCAUUCAACUCAACAAACAAGAUGAAGGUUCCAUGACUGUUAAGGACCUAUUUUACUUGAUAAAGGUCUAUCACAAACAAAAAAAUAAUCUUGAAUUUGAAAAUUCAUUAAAAACAUUGAAAAGCGAGUGGAAAGACGAGCUUAUUCCGGAUUUUUACAACGCAUUGAAAAAAAACCAAAAAAAACCGAAGGAUUCCUUGUGAUUGCAACGGUAGAGGUGUAAACUAGAUUAUUUAUGAUAAUUAUAAGUGUACAUCGAUAGAAAUCGUAUUUUAUGAAUAAUUAUUAUUAUUAUUUUUUUUUUUUAUCUUUAACUGAGCCCUUUUUGAUAUCAACUGAUUAUUAUUUUCUAACAUGUAAUCAUCGACAAUCCUGAGCAUCAUUGAUUCUUUUGUAAAUAAAUACAUUUCGUUAAUUUUCUUAAAUAACAUACACGA